CUCCCCACAUUCGUGUUAUUUACUUAUGAGCAUCUAUGGUAUGCAUGCAAUUUCAUACCAUUUGUAUUUGAGCCCUAUUUGACUUGGUGUUCUUCUCGUUUACAACUCGUAAUCUGAGUACGUUUCCUACCACGGAAAUAUCAGAUGUUGCAAACAAGAUGUUUACAGAAUAUCAGUUCAAGCGCUGCAGAAAUUACUUGAAAAUGCCAGCAUUAAUUAUAGAUGAAAAAGAGAAAGAAAGUGCUAGCUUUGUCAGCAAGAAUGGUUUGAUUGAGGAUCCUGUUUCAGUUGAUAAGGAACGAUCAGUGAUAAAUCCAUGGACUCAUGAAGAGAAGGAAGUUUUUAUGCAGAUGCUUGCUUCAUUUGGCAAGAAUUUCUCCAAAAUCUCCAAUUUUCUACAGCACAAGACAACAGAUGAUUGUGUUGAGUUCUACUACAAGCACCAUAAAUCUGACAGUUUCCGAGAAGUUAAGAAACUUAUGGAUCUUCGGCAGCAACAACCCACCAGCAAUUACCUAGGAUCAAAUUCUGGAAAGAAGCGGAAUCCUGAGAAUGCUGCAUCUCUUGAUAUGCUUGGAAGUGCUGCAUCAGUCGUGGCUGCCCAUGGUCUUGAUUAUGCAAACAGGGUGGAGAAAGAUACUGCAAAGUCUAUUAUUCGGACUUCUUGUAGGUCCGAUGUUUCGGCUGUGGCCAAAGGAUCUUUGGAUAGGGAUGGCAUUGCUAAUGUAUCUCUGCACGAGAGGGAAUCUGUAGCUGCUGAUGUCUACAAUGAGAAGUCACUGUUCAUCGAUCGAGGCUCUGAAUAACCAUGGGAAGGAUUUUGCUCGAAUUUCUUCAUAUGUGAAAAGCAAGUCAUAUGAGCAGUGCAAGGUGAUGCAAAUGGAGGUACGAGUGAUACUGACGAGGCAUGUGCUGCUGAGAUGGAUUCUCCUAUUUGUAGCACAGAGUCUCCUGUGGAGAUGGAGAUGGAAGUAUGUCCUUCUGCUGAUAAAAC